AUGGCCCUGUGGCACCCCUUCGCCGACUCGGACCUGGAAGACCGCAUGGGCCGGAUGUUCGACAGGGCGCUGUCCAGCCGACUGGGCCACGUGUGGCCCGCAUUAGAGUCGGACGACUUCCUGCACGCCGGGGGGGACCACCCCAUGGACGUGGCGGAGAGCCCAACGGAGUACAGGAUCUGCGCGGACGCGCCAGGCAUGGAUCCCGCCGACAUCGACGUCAAGUUCAAAGACAACAAGCUGACCAUAAGCGGCGAGCGCAAGGAGGAGGCGCGGCAGGAGGGCGACGACGGCAGGUGGGUGAAGGUGGAGCGCAAGGAGCGGUCCUUCACGAGGAGCUUCGUGCUGCCGAAGAACGCCGACCCGGACAAGAUAGCGGCGCGCCUGGACAGGGGCGUGCUGACCGUGAGCGUCGCCAAGCGGGAGGUCGCGGACGAAGGGGCCAAGAAGAUCGAGGUGACCACGGGCUGA